UGAACUCGUUUCCGCACCUGCGCAGUCCACAUCUGACGACAGACACGUUGGUUGAGAGAGCAGCAUGGCGGACGACGCUGUGGAAGGUGUGAAGCCAAACAUUGAUGAAACACUCGAAGGUUCGGGCAGUGAAGAUGAUAACAGUCAGGUUAAUAGCGGUGAGAACGAAGUGGCAGUGAAGACCUUCAAGGAACUGGGUGUCACUGAGGUCCUCUGUGAGGCUUGUGAACAGCUGGGAUGGAAGACUCCAACUAAGAUUCAGGUAGAAGCUGUACCUGUAGCCCUGCAAGGGAAGGAUGUUAUCGGCCUGGCAGAGACCGGUUCAGGGAAGACGGGCGCCUUCGCUCUGCCCAUCCUGCAGUCCCUGCUGACCUAUCCCCAGAGGCUCCACACCCUCAUCCUCACCCCUACCAGAGAGUUGGCUUUUCAGAUCGCUGAGCAGUUUGAGGCUCUGGGCUCCAGCAUCGGUGUUAAAUGUGCUGUCAUAGUUGGAGGAAUCGAUAUGAUGUCCCAGUCCUUGGUGUUGGCUAAAAAACCACACAUUGUUAUUGCCACACCUGGUCGGUUGAUAGACCACAUGGAGAACACAAAGGGCUUCUCCCUACGAGCUCUCAAGUUCCUGGUCAUGGACGAAGCAGACAGAAUCCUCAACAUGGACUUUGAGACUGAGGUGGAUAAAAUCUUGAAGGUGAUUCCCAGAGAGAGGCGCACCUUCUUGUUCUCUGCCACCAUGACCAAAAAGGUCCAAAAACUACAGAGAGCAGCUCUGAAAGAUCCUGUGAUGUGUGCGGUGUCCACCAAAUACUCUACAGUAGACAAACUGCAGCAAUACUACGUCUUCAUACCAUCGAAAUACAAGGACUGUUACCUGGUGUCCAUCCUGAACGAGCUGGCCGGCAACUCAUUCAUGAUUUUCUGCAGCACGUGUAACAACGCCCAGCGGGUGGCGCUGUUGUUAAGAAACCUUGGCAUCACUGCUAUUCCUCUUCAUGGCCAGAUGAGUCAGAACAAACGUCUAGGAGCGCUGACCAAGUUCAAGUCCAAGUCUCGAUCGGUGCUGCUGGCGACCGACGUGGCGUCCAGAGGGCUGGACAUUCCUCAUGUUGACUGCGUCAUCAACUAUGACAUCCCCACUCACUCAAAGGACUACAUCCAUAGAGUGGGACGAAGCAGAGCAGGGCGGUCUGGGAAAUCCAUCACUUUUGUCACUCAAUAUGACGUGGAGCUGUUCCAGCGAAUUGAAUCUCUGAUUGGGAAGAAACUUCCUGCGUUCCCUACCCAGGAAGAUGAAGUGAUGAUGUUGGUAGAGCGGGUGAGCGAGGCCCAGAGGUUUGCUAGGAUGGAAAUGAAGGAGCAAAAUGAGAAAAAGAAAAGGCCCAGAGGAGCAGACGGAGAUGGGGAUGACACAGAACAAGCAAGCGGGGUGAGGAAGAAAGUGAGAGGAGGCGGAAGAGGAGGAGGGGGAGGAGAAGAAAGAGGAGGGAUGAAGAAGAGGGGGGGAGCAGCAUGGAGGGGAGGGCGCUGAAGCCUCCGACAUUAACAAACUGUACAUAACAAUGCAAUGUCUUUCUUGUUUUCGAUGUAAAUCUUGAUCAUGACGACACCAUGUUUUCCAACAUUUAGUAUGGAAGCUAUUUAAAGAAACAGUGUGUACGAUUUGGCAGAAUCUAGUGGUGUGGUUGCAGAUUGCAACCAACUGAGUACCCCUCCUCUCACUCCUCCCAUUCCAAGAAUGGUAACGUGAGCCGCCGAGUGCAAAACUGUGGUAACGCCUACAUGAGCCCUACUGUUUCCACCCGGACAAAAAUUAUAAUAUAUAUAUUAACAUAUGCCUGCGACCGACAUAACAUUGUUUGAGCUGCGCUCGCCAUGCAUCACAUCAAGCAACGAAAAGCUGGUGCAGCGCAAGCCAUUGGAAAUAAUGGGUUUCAGAGAGCAGUGUCGCAGUUGUCGUGUUGUGUCUGAAAAGGACUACAGUGAGUGAGAGACGGAUAAAGAAAUAGGGAGUACUAAGAGAAAGAACUACUCAAGCAGGGGCAAAAUAAUGAAUGAAUGAAGUCAUAAAAACUGAUGAAUAUUAGUUUGCCAGAGAUUCUUCAAGUUCACACCAGUGAAUUAUUUAGUUUGCUUUACUGAGAAUUAAAAGUACGCCUUUUUAACAUAAAAUUGUUAUUUCAGUGUACUUAUUAUUUUGUUAUUUUCAUUCUUUUAAAGUCACCAGAAUGCAGGAAACAAAGUCUCUGAAACUCAGCCCCCCUCUUUGGAUUUGAAAUCCACCCUAUUUUUGAGGUUUCAAGGUUGCCAAGUACGCUAAUAGAUCCCCCGAAAUGUAACACACUGUUCCUUUUAAUUACAGAAACAUGCUUUCUCUGCCGCCUCUCUAUGAGAUUUUUUUCCAUUUGUAAUAAAAUGCCACUGUAAAAAAACAAA